AUGUUACAGACAUAUGAAACAGAACUCAUACAUAUUGUAGAUGCGAAUUGGUGUUGCAAGUUGGGCCCAAAUGCUCGACACUAUCUUCACUUUUUUGAAGCUCUUCGCGCCGCUCUUCAGGCUUGCCAAUUGGCCAGCCGAGUGCUAUUCCCGACCAGUCUGGUAGUGGCACCAAUGACUUCCGGAGCCGGGGUAAAACACAUUUCGUCAAUGUCUAUGUUGGCAGAUGGGCUCACGUCGUCCGAACGCGAUUACCUUCAGGCCAGUCUGGCGCCUACUUCUGGCUUCCUGCCUGUCAUCAGAUCGUACGAUAGUGCAGAACUCGCCUCUUUUCUCUCUACCACCGGUUCCAAUCCUCCAUGGACGUCAAAGCGUCUCUUUCGACUACUUUUAAGGGCAGAUUAUGACAGCUACGGCUCGAUUGCAUUCUCGAAAAAUGGCAGACGGCGACUUCUAGACUGCCUCAUUGAUCGCGGUCUCAGCCUCAACAACGUACCCUUACUCAAGCCAAAUUCCGCUGGUCUGUCUGACCGGUCGUCUGAGGUUGCUACCGGAUUGAGCGCUGAUGGUAUGACCGACAAGGAGCUCGAGAAA